GCAGCCCCUCUUUCUGGUUGGCGCGUCACCCGCAGCUAGUGGUGGCUUCUCUCGAGCUCAUCAAGCCACUCCUGGUCCUGGGAGGACUAGAUACAGGCCCGGGAGAGUUCGGGGUGCGCGUGGACACGUGUGGACAGCCGCGGCGUAGAGAUUCCUGGAGUAACGCCGACGCCAGGGAGGCGGGGCCGGCGAUUUGAAUCUAGCGGCGGGUGGCGGGCAGCGGCCGGCGGAGGAGAAGAUGGAUAGCAACCCCAAAGACAGCGAGCGUCUUGAAACCAAGGAGCCUGCUCUUCGUGAUGAUGAAAAUUCCUCUUUCAUUUUGGGAAAUGGGAAUCUUGUAACUCCUCAGAAGCAUGAACCUGAAGUGACUCCUAAUGGUUGCACACUGGAUACUUUCAAGUCACCUUUGGACUUUUCCACAGUAACAGUAGAGCAAUUGGGAAUUACACCUGAAAGCUUUGUAAAGAACUCUUCAGGAAAGUCCUCAUCCUACCUUAAAAAAUCCAGACGACGUUCUACAAUCGGUGCUCGGGGCUCUCCUGAAACAAACCAUCUUAUUCGUUUCAUUGCUCAGCAGCGGAGUUUAAAGAAGGCAGAGAAGUCUCCUUUGACACCGAAUUCCCCUUUUCUGGGCAGUCCUGUACCGUAUCGAAAUGUUAAUUCUUUAAGGGAGCGAAUGUCUGCCUUCCAGUCAGCUUUUCACUGCAUAAAGGAGAAUGAAAACAUGAUCGACCAUCCUGAAUUCUCAGAGGCUGAAGGAGAAUUCAAGACAACAGGCUCAUCCAAAAAGGAACAUCUUGGUGGAUGUCAAGAGUCUGAGUUCCCCGCAAACUUAUCAUCCAAGCGUCGAAGGAUAUCCUCUCAGAGUGGCUUUGAUGAAAAUCUCACGGAUGCGGUUCAUCUCCAGAUAUUCCAUAGUGCCCCUUCUCCUGAUACAGGCAAAAUGUGUGCUGUUGAAGCUGCAUCUGCAGAUUUUUCCGAGAAAUCUUUUGAAUCUGGUUUAACACGGUCUGGAUAUUUAGUUGGAGAGUCUGUUUCACUUUCCAAGCUCACAGAGGCUUCAAGUGCCCAUCUUCUCCCUCGCACCACCCUUGCAUCCUCAAAUGCCUCUGACUCCAGCAAUGAAAUUGGUCCUCCUUCAUUGUUCAGCUCAGGAGUCAUGGUUGCCGAGUGUAUAGAGGGCAAAAGAUCAAGGGAUGCUGUUCCACUUGACAAUUUGAUGGAAGUGAGCACAGACACCACUCCUGAAGUCAGGUCCCUGGUUACUUCACAGUGUACGAGGGACGUUUCAUCCUCUGAGACCUUUGUACUUCGUUCUGUGCUAAAGAAAACCUCUGUUAAGCUGUUUCCAGAGGGCCUGCAGGAACACUGUGACAAUCUCUGUGAUGACGGGACUCAUCCAGGCUUAAUCUCAAGUCUUGCAAACUAUUGCAAAGAACAAAAAGCAGAAGGUCAAGAAAAUUGCAAAGUGCCAGCUUCUCUAAAUAUCAGGAAGAGGAAAAGAGUUACUUUUGGAGAGGAUCUAAGCCCUGAGGUGUUUGAUGAGUCUUUGCCAGCAAAUACUCCAUUGCGUAAAGGAGGAACGCCUGUCCGCAAAAGGGAUUUAAGUGGUGUCAGUCCUCUGCUACUUGAGCAAUCACCAGUUCCUGUGCAGCUACAGUUAUCACAACCAAAUUUUGAUGACAAGGGGGAGAAUCUUGAAAACAUAGAACCUCUUCAGGUAUCAUUGGCAGUUCUGAGUCCUGUUAAUAAGUCUUCAAUCUCUGAGACUCUCUCAGGCACUGAUACUUUCAGCUCUGAAAAAAACCAUGAGAAAAUAGCCUCCCAUAAAGUUGGUAGAGUAACACGGGCCUCUAACAGAAGUAGUCAAUUGAUCACUUUUGCAGAAGAGAAUGUUUGCAACUUAUUUAAUACAGAAGCUCAGCCUUGUAAAGAAAAGAAAAUUAAUAGGAGGAAAUCUCAGGAAAGGAAGUCCACAGGAAGAGUACUUUCUAAAAAGAAUCAGGGUUUAAAAAGUUUCAGGAAGAAGAAAGCAAAGGGAAAGAAGAGCGUUCAGAAGUCUUUAUAUGGGGAAAGAGACCUUGCUUCAAAGAAGCCGCUGCUCAGUCCUAUUCCGGAACUGCCUGAGCUUUCUGAGAUCAUGCCUCCCACUCCAGGCCCCGGAAGACUGUGUUCAGAUGAUUUCAACUCCAAUGGCGAACUUGAAGAAACAAAGCUUCCUAAAAGAAAGAAUCUUUUGCCCCAGAACCCGGAAGAUUUGCAGAUGAGUCAAGGCUUUAAUAAAUAUGAUCUCUCUGCAUCAUGCAGCCCUUUCACAAAAAGGUCCUUGUCGCUUAUCAACGCUACUUUAGAGCAAGAUUUAAAUAAAAGUGCCAUAGCCACUAAUGAACAGAAAACUAUUCCAAAAGCAGAAAUUAAGUUAGAAGGUGAAAACGGACUGAGUGCCGGCUCCGAGAGUGGAAGCGGUCAUGUUUCUUGUGCUCAUGUGACCGCAGAGCCCCUGGCAUCAGACGAUGCAGAAUCCAGUAACGUCCCGCCACCCUGGGAAUUGGCUGCUGCCGGUCAGAAUGUGGAGAACCUUUUUCAGACCUUUAAAAUUUCAGAAAAUGUAAACAUAAAGUAUGAAAAACAGGAUGACUUUUUAAUAGCUACUGAAGGAAAACGGCAGGCCAUGCCCUUAACAUCUGACUUAAAAAAUGAGGAGAUCUUAAGUGACCAUGUAAAAGACAGUAAAAGUCUGAAUGCAGCUUUGGGAAGAAGCUCUAUAGAAGGUCAAAGUGGCACAGGUGUGAGUGGUGGAGAAAAGAAGCACAGAAGGCGCUCUAUGUGUUAUUCCGACGGCCAGAGUUUAUAUUUGGAAAAAACUGGAAAUCACAAACCUCCCUACAUGGUGAGCAACUCUCUAGAAAUUGGUUUAGAAAAUUCUGAACUGUAUAAAGAUUUAUCCGCCUCCAUAGAGCAAACCUUCCAGAGAACAAAUAGCGAAACAAAGGUAAGACGUAGCACAAGGCUACGGAAAGAUCUGGAAGAUGAAGGGCUUGUGUGGAUUUCACUUCCAUUUCCUUCCACGUCCUGCACUUCCCAAAACAUGAAAAGGAGAACAAUAUGUACGGUUGACAGCAGAGGAUUUGAAAGCUUUUCCCUCUCUCAAGAAACUGCAUCUUCUGGACAGAACCAGAGUCUUUCGCUCCCCGUGUCAGGUAAAGAAAAUAGGGAGGGCUUUGCUGCCAGGGCUUCCAGCUCAUCUAGAAAGAGGAGGAAGAGCCUCUGUACAUCUACACUCGCAAAUUCAAAAGAUACGACUCAGUCAAAGUGCUUCAAAAGAAGAACCUCUCUCAGCCAAAAGGGAGAGACCUCUCUAAAGGACUUCGAAAGAGUGGGACAUGUUCAGGAACUAAAGCAGUGACUGGCAUUUCCUACAGAACCUGUGGCCGCAGAGAAGGUAACCAUCCGUGCUUAAAAGAUCCUUUCAUUCUGCUUCUCGUCCUUUGUUCAACUUCGGUGUUUUGAAAGUUUCAAAUAAAAUCAUUUGAGUUGAACCUA